UUAUGAUUACUUUUGCGGGGAGUGGCGGUUCGGUCAAGCGUUUCUCACCAGUUACGUACAGUACAUAGCCCUUGACAGCCAAAAUUAAUGGCUGCUGAUGACGACGACCAGCCCGCUAUGUUCCUAUUAGGGGACCGUGCAAUCUGAUAACAGGUACAUGUAUUAUUACCACACAUUACAGAGACAUAACAUAGUACAGCAACGGAUACGCCUCACUGUUCUUGGUGGCGCCCGGGUUCUGCGCUGGCGUCGACGCACCCAUGCUUGGCCUCAAGCUUCUUCUCCGGCUGAACAACCCCUAUGACUCUCUACACUCGGAGUAGUAUAUGAGGCUACGACCUCCAUGCUAUGACGAGAGGACCAGGGGCAGAGAUAUGACAUCCGAAUCUGCGCUUCCUUAUGUACUCUAUGUGCUACAGCUAUUUUUGAACUAUAUAAAAAACCGAAGCAGCAGGAAAAGCCAAUGUCUGACCCUUGCGAUUCGCAUGACACCCGAAACACAAUCCACGAUGCACGAUGCACGAUGCACAAUGCACAAUGCAGGUUGAGGACCAGCUCGGGAAAAAAAAAAUAAGAAAAUAAAAAGAAAGAAAAUAAAAAGAAAGAAAACACCAAAUUACAGGAAAGGCGGUAAAGGCAGGAGUAGUUGGCCCGGGUCGCAAUAUAUGAACUGUCAAUUUUCCACGCUGCCUGCCUACCCUUUCGCAGUAAAUAUGACUGACUUAUUGCUUAUUUAUUUUUCAGCGGCGUAACUACGCAGUACAUCCUUUUUGUAUCGCCCAAGAGGGGAGGGUGAUUGAACAGUGCAACCGAUCAAAGCCAACCAACCAGCCGGACCGAAAUUUGCUAGGCAUUAUUGGAUGGGUGUUUGACAUUGAGAUCAUGUCUGGUUUUCUGGUGACGAUUGAAAGGAAGCCGAAAGAUUGGACAGCCCACUCUUCUCUGCGUUGCUGCUGCUUCUGCUGCUACUGCUCCUAGUCAGUUUCGAUUUUUCUUCUCUGCUUCAUCCGCAGGACGCAGGACGCAAUAUAACUAACUGGGGCGGGCGGGAUGAUAUCCUGAUCCCUUCCGCCCCCAACUGGAUGCUUCCAACGAAAGAAGAUAAGAAAAGGUUCGAGAUUUACAGACAGAACCGCUGUAAUGUAUGGGUAGUUAGUUAGUACAGGUCCACGUACUGCUCAAACGACCUGCAGGUUGCUGCUCUAUCGGCCCCAUCUUUAGCCGCGGGGAAACCCAGUUGAACUUCCACUCGAAUUCAUUCGUUCUCCCACACUGGAAUCCUCGUGCUCUCUUUGGCUGUUGCAGUCCUGCAGGUGAAUGGCCUAUUUAAUCCCUAUUCCUCCAUGCAAGUGAAAUCGUGUUUCCUGAACUCCCCGAUGGACUAGAGCUGGACUAGAGCCGAUGACGAUGUUUGGUGUGAGCGGUAUUGUGCGGUUGGGGUACAGGUAGCAGCAGCAGGCUGGCUCUAAAAUGAUUCAACGGCAGCGCUUGAGGCUGCGAGUUGCAGAAGUGGCAUUUAAUAUCUACAUGACUACGCUGUAUUUCAUGGGAAUAUGUUGAUACAAUGAGCCUCCCGAAAAAGCAGGGUUUAUUUCAGCCGUUCUUGGCGGGUUCCUCGAACACUUGUUUGGUAUUUGAUACAAUACGGAGUAACUUACUCUCUAGAUAAUAUUUCUCAAGAUAGGGCAAGUUUAUGAGUAACUAUGUUUAAAAAUCAUUAUCAUUACUCUAUAUCAUGCCUAGUAAUAAAUGGAUAUCGUUGUCGGCGGUUGGGUUGUUGGUGCUGAAAGAAGCCCUGGAAAGUUACCAACCGCCCGCAUGUGCUUCGGAACAACACCAAGCUUGUGCAUGGGUUUUUUGCCGAGCGAGAGACCAGAAUGGAACGGAAACCAAAACCACCAAACAUCAACAUUGAACUCCACCAGCUACACCCUUCGGUUCGGUUUAUCUUAAUCUAAAGAAGCCACCCUCCUCGACUCUCUGGUUAAGUUAAUCCACCCCGUCCUCAAAUCAAAACCCGCGUCGAAUUCCUUUCUCUACCCCGCCCGUCGAACUCUCUUUCGGCAAUAGACAACGAAAAUCAAGACAACAAAACAAUAGUAAAGAAAAAAAAACCGGAGUGAUGGCCGACGAGGGGAAGCGGAAGAAGACAGAGGAGGAGGAAAGUAUAGCUGUCCCGGUGGAAGCUGGUACUGCAGAACCUGUCGCAGAGGACAUGAAGCAACAGGAUGAGCCGAGUUCAACAACCGCGGCCGUCGCGGCGGGGGUGACGGAGGCUGGGGAUGAUGGCAAUCAAGCUCCUGCCCAGACUAUCGCUGCUGCGCCAAAAGGAGAUGAAGAGGAGGAGGGGUCAGAUUUUGAGGAUUUAGAUGACGUCCUGGACGAUUUCUCUACAUCAAAGAAGCCCACUUCUGCCGCACCCUCUUCCAGCAAGAACGCCCCAUCCCUCUCUACCACAGCACCACAGCCACCACCACCAUCAUCAUUACUACCCGACCAAAACGCCACCAGAGCACCCGAAUCGGACCUCGAUGAAAACGCCUUCAUCCAGCAGCUCGAACAAAGCAUGGCAGAGCUCAUGGGCUCGGCAACCGCUGGCGGCCAAGGCGGUGGCGGCGGUGACGGCGACGGUGAACCAGACUGGGAUGCACUGGCACAGCAAAUGGCGCAGGGAGACAUGGACCCGGCGGCUAUUAUGAAACUCCUUAUGGGGGAGGGGGGUCCUGGUGCGUUAGCUGGAGGAUCCGAGGCGGACCUGGGCGGUGGUAAUAAGGACGGAAAGGGACAGGGGGACGCCAAAUCCGGUUCUACCGCCGCCGGUACUGCUGGUAGUAGUAGUGCCAGCAAAGCAGAAGACGGGUUCCAGGAAACGAUCCGCAAGACGAUGGAGCGGAUGCAGGCGUCCGGCGACAAAGCCACCGCCGCAGCGACGGAGGAUGGCGGCGACGAUAUGCUCAUGCAGCUACUCAAAGCGAUGGAGUCUGGAGCUGGCGCUGGUGGUGCUGGUGGCGGCGACGAUGAGAACCUCGAUAAAAUCUUCAUGGGCAUCAUGGAGCAGCUGUCGAAUAAGGAGAUGCUCUACGAGCCCAUGAAGGAGCUGCAUGCCAAAUUCGGCCCCUGGCUGUUGGAGAAUCGGGACAAGGUGCCCAAGGAGGAUUUGGAGAGGUAUGAAUUGCAGUCUGUGCUCGUGGCGGAGAUUGUAGGCAAGUUUGAUGAGGAGGGGUAUUCGGAUGAGAAGCCGGCGGAUAGGGCGUAUAUCUGGGAGAAGAUGCAGAAGAUGCAAGCUGCGGGUAGCCCGCCUGAUGCCCUGGUGUCGAAUCCGCUGGCGGAUGAACUCGGGCUCCCAGGCGCUUUCGCUGGCGGGGGAGGAGACGCUGAGACGCCGCAAUGUCCCCAGCAAUAAUAAUACUCCUGGUAGAAUGAAUUUAUUUAUUAUUUCUUGAAAUUUUCCAUGUCCCUUUCUUCGCCCCCCCUCUCUAUUUUUCUUUAUAUGUAUCUCGACAUCUUUUCUCAGGCCGCCUGAUAUUAACUUUUUGAUAUCCCACCCACCUGGCGCAAUGACCAUUCUCAUCCCCCGUACCGUACCGUGUACUCUAUAUGUACAUAAAUAAAAAGGAACGUGAAAAAAGAGAAAGAAUCCAGAUACCCCGCGUCUCUAACUACCUCUCUUCAAUAUCCCAUAGAACUACUUCUUUCAUGAAUGGUUUUUUUUUUACAAAAAAAACAGAAAACGUUGCCCACUGCUACACAAACGCGUUCAAUACAUCGAUCGUCCAAAGGAAAGUAAAUAAACACAGAGUGACAGAAAAUAAAAAUAUAAUAAAUAAUAUUGGAUCUACCACCUGAAGCCCAGCAAAACGCCACUUUGAAAAUGCACCUCUAAAACACGCACACUUCAAAUAGCACGUCUACCCACACGACAUAUCCAUCCUAUCAUGCAUGCUGUCAUUUUGGUCUGAUGAUAUUGUAUGCUGAUGCUGAUUAUCCUGGUCGUCAUCUCCGAUAAGCAACUCAGCAAAAAUAUUCUCAUAGUCUUCUUCAUCGUCGUACUGGGAGCUUGGCGGGCCGUCGCCCUGUUGGGACUGUUGUUCGAUAUCCCACAAGGGCUCCAAUUCCUCUAAGAAGGCCUGGUAUUCUUCCUCCUGGGAAAUGAAUUCUUCGAGGAUGCGUUCGUCUGUUGAAAUGGGUUUAUAUUAGCACAAGGGGAAAGUGGCAAAGACAAAGCAACUCAAGUGAAACAAAAGCCCUCUGAGAGGGCAGGCACCACGUAUAGAUAUAUCGUCGAAUCUGCCCUCGUCGCGAUCUCGCUUCACUCUAUUCAGGAAGAUAUCGCGCCGUUGUUGUUCACGGGAGGCCUUUUGGCGCGCGAGUUGGGCCUUCGGUGAGUUGUUGGCGUAGCGGUCGGCGUAGUAGGAUUGUUUGGGUGAUGUUGCUCUUGUUGUUGUCGAUUUCUCUUGCUUGUGUGUAUGUUUAUGCUCUAUGCGCGGCGAUUGGGGUUUUGAGUGCGACAUUGGCAUUGUAGUAGGGGCCUGGGAUGAGGUUAGGUUCGCAUGGCGCGGGGCGAGGGGGGAGGGAUUGUGUGGUUGUGAUGUGUGGUGGUGGGAGAAGAGUCUCGUGAAAGGAGCUGGUUGGGAGAUGGUGGUAAACAUUAUUAUGUUUUAAUGACUGGGUGUGAUGUAUGUUGGGAAGUAGAAGAGUGGUUUUCUGUUAGAUACUGGCCAUUGCGUGAAGCGUUCAAGAAAAUAUAUCCUGAUUGUUCGAUGGUUGAAGGACGCGACUGAUUAGUUACAUCACUCACGCGUAAAAACGCUAGGCUGUUUUAGGUUUAGUUAACUGGUUUGCAACUGCCGAGGUCUCGAG